CACUUGUCGAGGGUACAAUAAUUGCUUGAGCAGUCUCGACACGAUCAAGAGCAUUUUUUUGACAAAGAGCUGCCUUUAGGUACCAUUUGCCGUCCAGAUUCACUCCAAUGAAUCACCUACCUCCCCACACGCUUGCCGAUCCAAACUUCCCCCGAAGAAGAACGAAAAAUAAAUUGCAUUCCAAUUCGGAGUCGUACCCAUCGCGGCCAAAGGCAACAUGCACGUCCUCCCCUGUUCCUGAAUCCUGUCCGAACCUCCCCGGCCUGCCAUGGAUGCCCAGAAGCAAGAGAAUAGGAGCAGCAGCAGCUACUGGAGAUGGAGCAAGCAGGACUUCUUCCCCGAGGAGUCCUUCGCCAACUUCGCCUCCUACAGGAAGGCCCUGUCUCAGACCUUCCCUCGCCUCAGGGACCGCAUCCUCGACCGGUCGACUCAGUCCAGAGAGCUCGUCGAGCUCAGGAAGGAGAGCGUGAAUGACAUGAAGCGCUGCCUCAGCUGGUGGGACCUCAUCUGGCUCUGCUUCGGCUCCGUCGUCGGGUCGGGCAUCUUCGUCAUCACCGGCCAGGAGGCCCACGACCGCGCCGGCCCCGCCAUCGUGCUCUCCUACGCCCUCUCCGGCCUAUCUGCAUUGCUCUCCGCCUUCUGCUACACGGAGUUCGCGGUCGAAAUCCCCGUCGCAGGUGGGUCUUUCUCGUACUUGCGUAUCGAGCUGGGCGAUUUCAUUGCUUUCCUUGCGGCUGGCAAUAUUCUCUUGGAGGCCAUUGUGGGCGCGGCCGGCUUGGGUCGUUCUUGGACCUCGUAUUUCGCGAGCAUGAUCAAGGACGACCCUGAUUUCCUUAGAUUCCAUGUCAAGGGUUUGGCCGAGGGGUUUAAUCUCCUGGACCCGAUGGCUGUUGCGGUGCUUGUGGUGGCUAAUAGCAUUGCGAUGGCUGGGACAAAGCAGGCUUCUUGCUUGAAUUGGAUCGGUUCUGUGAUUAGUGCGGGGGUCAUAGUGCUUAUUCUGACGAUUGGGUUCUCUCAUGGGCAUGUGUCGAAUUUAAACCCCUUUGUCCCCUAUAGAGCGAGUGGUGUUUUCACAGCCGCAGCGGUUGUGUACUGGUCUUACACAGGGUUUGAUAUGGUCGCAACCAUGGCCGAAGAGACCAAGAAGCCAUCCAGGGACAUACCGAUCGGUUUGGCCGGUUCGAUGACUGUGAUCACCGUGAUUUACUGUCUGAUGGCUCUAGCACUGACCAUGAUGCAGAAGUACACCGAAAUUGACUGCAAUGCUGCUUACUCUGUUGCUUUCUCGAGGAUUGGGAUGAAGUGGGCCAAGUAUGUCGUCAGCAUUUGUGCCCUCAAGGGAAUGGCCGCGAGUUUGCUGGUCGGGGCUCUUGGACAAGCUCGGUAUAUGACUCAGAUUGCCCGAUCUCAUAUGAUCCCACCCUGGUUCGCUCUUGUUCACCCGAAAACCGGCACUCCUAUUUAUGCCACUCUGUUGAUCACUCUGCUUAGUUCUGUUGUGGCAUUCUUCUCUAGCUUGGAUGUCUUGUCUAGCGUGUUCUCCUUCAGUACACUGUCAAUUUUUAUGCUCGUGGGUAUUGCAUUGCUGGUAAGACGGUAUUAUGUUAAAGGCGAGACUCCAAAGAGUGACCUUGGCAAGUUCUUGGUUUGUCUGUUUGUUAUAGUCGCUUCUUGCGUUGGAGGGACAGCAGUUUGGCACUCAAACACUGGAGGAUGGAUUGGUUACGUGGUUGCUGUUAUUUUUUGGUUUUUGGGCACUUUGGGUAUGCAAUUGCUACCACAGCGACGUGCUCCACAGCUCUGGGGGGUUCCCCUGGUUCCAUAUUUGCCGUCAUUGUCAAUUGGGAUGAAUAUUUUUUUGAUUGGUUCGCUGGGGUCUGAAGCAUUCUGGAGGUUCCUCAUAUGCACUGCGGUGAUGAUACUCUACUAUCUCUUGGUUGGGCUUCAUGCAACCUAUGAUGUGGCUCACCGUAUAGGACAGGAAUCAAAAGUUGAAGAUGGAAAGGAGAACGUGGAUCAUGGUUUGUCAUAGGGGAUGGUUUUGGUAUAGCCUUGGACACUGGACAAUAGUAUUCCCCUACCAGUUUCAAAAUUGCUGUUGGGUUGGAUACUGUUGCAGGAUCUGCAGAUCGUGGGACUUUGCUUGAUAUCAAACUUUCCUUUCACUUAACGCACAUGUCAUCUGAAAGAAUCUAUAAUCUUCAGCCACAACACACCAUCUUACUUUGCUCCUGCUGGGUAUACACAUUCUGAAUGUGGAAAUUAUUGUUCAUAAUUCAUUGAAAUAGAUUAUAUUUGCCUUUUCUGCUCCUCAACAUUCUGUUAUUUGAAGGAUUAUCUGGAAGAGGUCUCUCCAUCACCAUUGGUUAAAACAUGUCAUCUGAAAGAAUUUAUUAACUUCAGCCACAACACAUCAUCUUACUAUGCUACUGCUGGAUAUUUAGAUGCUGAAUGUAGAAAUUAUUGUUCAUCAUUCUGUGAAAUAGAUUAUAUUUGCCUUUUCUUCUCUUUAACAUUCUGUUAUUUUAAAGGAUUAUCUGGAAGAGGUCUGUCUGUCACCAUUGGUUGCAGAAUUCCAUCAUUGGCCAAUGCCUGUUGUGGCUUUUGAAAACUCUGGUCAGCUGGGUGCUCCCUGCUGAGGAGUUUUAAGACAAAAGUUAAAUGAUUUUGAUUUAA